AUGGCGCACAAGCUUCCGUUUCCCGAUCGGUUCUACGCCGCCGUCGGGUUCGCCGCCAACCCUCCGCUGGGGUCCAGGGCGGUGUCCGACGAGACCCGCCUCCUCCUGUACGCGCUGUACCAGCAGGUCACCGCGGGUCCGUGCACAACCCCGAAACCCUUUUGGAAUCAGCUGGAGCGCGCCAAGUGGAACUCGUGGAACUCGUUAGGGUCCCUGAGCACCAUCGACGCGAUGCGAAUGUACGUCAGCGGCAUCGAGGACGAGAACCCGGACUGGUACGACCUGGUGACCAACGACGGGGACGAGGAACGGGUGAGGGAGGUGGCGGAGGCUGCCGCGGAGGCCGUCGCCGCCGCCGGGAUGGACGCCAAGGCGCAGCUCGCUCGGCUCGACGACCGAGGAGACGGAGGCCAAAAGGACCAACCUUCCCCGAGGACCCCGGGGCCCCCGCCAGCCGGGCGCAGAUCGCUCGGCAGAUCCCCUCGGCCAUCCGCCGACAACCUCACCCAAUCCGUCAGCAGGUCGUCCCUUUCCUCGAGGGACCCGCCGCUGGACCCCGCGGUGGCGAAGAUCCCGUGCCUGGAGGACGGGACGUGGACGGACGUGACCUACGCCGUGGGAGGAGCCAAACCUCGCGGUCGAUCGGGCCACGCGUCGGUUCGAAUCGGAGCGUCCGAGGUGUGGACCGUGGGCGGGGUGCGUAACGGGCGACGCAUCGCCGACGUGUGCGUGUUCGACACGAUCAAGAUGGAGUGGGCGAGUGACGACGAGUUACGGUGUUCGAUGAAACCCGGGGAGGUUGACGUGGCGCAUUUAACCGGGUGGCCCGCGCGAAGCGGCCACGCGGCGGUUGCGUUUGGAACCAAGAUUCUCGUGAUUGGCGGGCACACCCGGGAGGACGAUCCGGUGGACGCGCAGUGCGAGGUUUGGGUCCUGGAGACGACGUCCAGGGAGUGGAGCCGGCUCAAGGUGGAGGGCGACGCGCCGUGCGCCAGGGGCGGGCACACCGCCACGAUGGUGGAGGGUAAGGGGGGACGAAACCCGAGGGUGGUGGUUUUCGGCGGCGAGGAUCGACGCGGUCGACUCCUCGACGACGCCAGGGUCUUGGACCUGACGAAGAUGCGCUGGAUCGAGGACGAACGAACACGAACGAACAAGGCGCCGCGCGGAAGGGGGGUCAAGGCGCCGACGUGGCCGGCGGCGCGGUCCGGCCACGUGGCGUGUUGUUUCGGCUACGGCAGCCCGGAUGUCUACGUCUUUGGCGGCGUAAAAGCGGGCGGAGCCGGCGAACCCACGGACGAACUCUUCUGCCUCAACUCCAUGACGAUGACGUGGCACAGGUUGAACCCCGCGGGCGUCGUCCCCGCGCCUCGGACCAACUCCGCCGGGUGUGUGUUGGACGACGGCAUCUGGCUCAUUAUAGGCGGCGGGAACGGCGGCGGCGGAUUAGCGGACACCGUCGGGUUAAAACUGGCCAACCCUCGGGGCGUCGGAGCGAACCAGGUGUCGGGGCUCGAGUGGUUCACGGCCGGCGAGGUUCAGCGGGGAAGCGCGCUGGCGGCGGAGGGGAUGACGUGCGUGAGCGUGGGCGGUAACCCCGGCGAGUGCGGCGCCAUCAUCGCCUUUGGCGGUUACGACGGUCGGCGGUACUCCAACUGCACGCACGCGAUGCGUCGGCCCGGCCGCGCGCGGAUGGAUACGCGCGGGGAGACGAAGCCGCGUGAAGCCGCUCAUGAAGUCGGUGACGCGUCGGGGCACUCGGCACGGUCGGUGGCGUCCCCCGGUGUCGUCGCGGCGAUGUCGAGGUCAAAUAACGGGUCCGCCGUCAGCUUGAGGCGCGUCUCCAGUGAGAACUCGGAGAUUCGGCGACUGAGAAGCGAAAACGAAGCGGCGAAGGAGGCUCUGCGACGCGCCAACGAGCGCCUGGCGGAACUCGGCGCGGCGCCGAUCGAUUUCGUGAUCGGUGACGAGUCGGGUUCGGGCGAUAAGAGGAGCCCGCCGCCGCCCACCAGACGGAGGGGUCUGUGGGCGUUCAUCAGCGGCGGAGACGCGGACGACGUCGACAGCGGAUACGACAGCCCCGCGCGAUGACUUCUUACGUUUUACCUUCGUAUCAAAACUCAAUUCUUGAC